AUGAAUUCAUCAACUAAAAACGUGGUAAAUAAACCACCAUCAGUACUUAUAACUGGAUCUUCUGGAUCUGGUAAAAGAACAAUUGUUCACAUGAUAAAACAUGGUAAAAUUCCUGACGGAUUUCCAACAAUCGGUGUCGAUUUCGAAAAAUUAACUAUUAAUGAAGCUCCUCUUAUGAUUUGGAGUAUCGGUGGACGUUCAGGAUAUCGUCCUUUACUGACACAAUAUUAUAGAAGAAUGCUAGGAUUUAUUUUUGUUGUUGAUUCAAAUGAUCAUGAAGGAAUUGAUGAAGCAUGUAAAAAGCUUCACGAAAUAAUUAAUAAUGAUCAUUUUGAAGAAAAACCUAUUCUUAUAUUUGCCAAUAAACAAGAUUUACCCAAUGCAACGAAUAAUGAUCAACUUCAAAAUAAACUUCAUUUAGAUAAACUCAAUAAAAAUAUUAAAUGGCAUUUGCAAGCAACAUCUGCUAUUCAAAAUCAAGGUCUUGAUGAAGGUUUCGAAUGGUUAAUGAAUUCUAUUCAAAAUAAAAAUGAUAAAAUAAAUCCUAUCGUAGAAACAUAUAAUGAUACAAUUACCAUGAAAAAUCAUCUCAUUUCUUUAUUUAAUAUAACUGAAUUUACAACAUUUAUACGGAAAAUUAUUUCUUCAUCAUUCAAUUUUCUAGAAAAUGUAAUUAAAUAUAAAUAUACAACAAACUUUCUUUUUAAAAUAAAAUAA